AAGGGAGUGAAAUCAUCUCGUGAUUAAGUCGAUUCUGAAGAAAACUGGAUGAAUUACAAAAACUGAGGUGUGGGAAGGCAAGGGUCUCAUUUUUUUGUUUCUUUUCUUUUUUUUUUAGAACACUUCUCAGGAAACUGAUAUUGGCCAAUGUCCAUCUCGCUGUGAGUGUAUGAAAAGGAUGUGAAGAAAAAAAAAAGGAGAAGAAAAGUACUUAAAUACUGCAGGGGAGAUCCUUCACAGCAAAAAGAAAAGAAUUUGCUCUGGCCUGAGACUCAAAGGAUACAGGGAUUCAGCAGAUCCUCUCUAAAGAUAAAUCGCUAAUUUCAACCAUUUAAGACAAGUAUGAAUACUGCAAUUAAGUGCAUCUUUCUCCUGGCCUGCAUUGCCAUUUGCAGAUCAGCAUCUUACAACCGCUGCCACUGUAUAAAAACAAGCAAAUAUGUGAAUAAGUCACUCAUUGCUAAUGUCAAGGUCCAUUAUCCUCGUCCAUACUGCAACAAGCAAGAAGUCAUUGUCAUACUGAAAGACCAGAGCUCACGGUGCCUUGAAAGCACAGAAAAAUUCACCCAAAACCUCCUGCAAUUAAUACAAAUGCAGAGGGCACAGAAAGCUUUGAAGAUGAACACCACGGUCCAAAGAACCACCACAGUGUCAGCCACACCGCCAGCCAGUAUAGCGCCAACAUCCUAAGCACAUUGCUUGUGUUUGUCAUUGUUACAAUAAAAAUGAGCCAUCAAUUAAUAAGAAGAAAGACCCGCACACCUCUCCAAAGUAAGGGUAUGAGUGGUGUAGUUCCUUCACGUGUUCUGUGAAAUACAAGAUUUUAAAACUGCAUUCAUCAGUUUUCCACACUAGCAGCUAAAACUAACAGCAAGAUGUAAAAGUGGGAAAUACUUAAUACUCCAGCUGCCAGAAUUCAGUGUUGACACAUUUAGGAAACAUCCUCGGGCACAAGUAAGCAUGGUGCAUUUAUGAGGUUUCAGUUUGGUGGGAUGGAAGAUUCUUCCCUCAGUCUCUGCUGGACACUAAAUGAUGAUGAGACUGGUAUAAUUCCACCUAAAUAUUGCCUUAUAUAAUGAUAUAUAAUAAUGAUAAUAUAACAGUCUGCUAUCUAUAAAACUUUGUGUAAAAGCAUGGCCAUUAUUUUAUUAUUUUCAUUUUAUUUAAAUGAUGAAAAAUGCUGACAGUUUUGUAUAAAUGGUAUAAUAUUUUGAAGGCAAAUUUCUUUGUAUGAUUUGAAGGAUUUCUUUGUACAAAUGUAUAUUUAUGUGCACACAUAUAACUGUACAUGUGCCAUGUUUGUUGGUUUUUUUAGGCAGAAAUCACAAUCUACCAAACUGACUAGCCAUGUGACACUGUUGAUGAAGAGCGACAAACCUGCAAUAAAUUUUCUUAAGACAAAAAAAAAGGAAAUCCUGGCAUUUUAUUAUGAAGUAACCAAAUCACAGAAUAAGGUUUAAAACAGUAUGUCAAAUGCAUGUACACAAAGAGUUGCGUUUGCUGCACAUGGCUGACGAGUAGAACAUUCAGUCAACUCACUACAAUGACGACCCUGUUACAUUUUCUUUCUUUCUUCUUCUUCUGAAGAAGAAAAUAAAAUGACAAAAUCUAUUUGUGCUUUGGUAAUUACAAAUCCCAUUGAAAGUCCCCUCAGGCUUGUUUUUCAAAAGAUACAAUUUUUGCUAAGUCAUAC